UAGUAACACCUGCUUUACAGAAUCACUAUUGUCACAAGCUGACUGUCAAAUAAGGAUGAUAAUAGUGCAGGUAGUAGGUAGCAGGUACUUGAUAGAAUAGUCGAGGUACACACUAGCUGAUCUGAACACCAUAUUGUCACGAAUAAAAAAAGAGAAACAAUUGUACAUGUUAAACGAUAUGUCACGAUAAAAUGUACCUGAGAAAUUAUUAUCUAUGUUAAUCCAGCCUUCCCAUUUGAAAGCUGGGGGCUAUCUUUACAGGUCCUAACAAAGUGAGUAGUUUUCAUAGUAGUGACAAAGUUCAACUUGUAUUAGUGUCUUAAUUCAAUGGAAAAGGCUGUUAAGCACAAUAAGAUUUUGUUGCCCCACAGUAGAUGCAUAUAUUGGAUUUUGCAAUGCCUCAUGCUUAUCUUGAGUUAACUAUGUAAGCACAUGCCUAAUUAAAGCUUAUAGUUUAUAUUAUUGUGAUGAAUGAGACAAAAUCUUUAUGCCUAUAGAGUGUAGUGUUAAGCAGACAACCUUUGUGUACUGGUGAUGUAAAAAGGGAGAUAGAACUCCACUCUUUUGUGUAUAUAAUAUUCAAAACUCCUUUGCUGACCCAAUGUAAGCCUUGAGAGGAUGAAUUUAUCUUUUGUGAUGAUGCUGAUAUUCCAUUAUAAACUUGUGUUUUUCCACUUGCUCUUUUUCUCUUUUUAGCCACAUUGGCAUCCUAUAUAAGAAGGGUAACUCUGUUAGUUUGUGGCAACCAUACAUAUUCACUUAUCACUUCUCAAGUAACCAUGCAAGAAGAGGAACUACGAAGAGGACAAUGGCUCGAAGAGGAAGAUGAGAGACUGUCUAUGAUGGUAGCUGUUUUUGGUGAACGUCGUUGGGAUGCCUUAGCAAAGACUUCAGGGCUGAAGAGGAGCGGAAAAAGCUGCAGAUUGAGAUGGCUGAACUACCUCCGCCCAAAUCUAAAGCACGGUCAUAUCACUGCAGAUGAAGAACGUUUGAUAAUCCGACUUCAGAAACAGUUUGGAAACAAGUGGUCAAAGAUUGCUAAACAAUUGCCUGGAAGAACUGAUAACGAAAUCAAGAACUACUGGAGAAGUCAUUUACGAAAGAAAACACUAAUUUAUAAACAAGAAUCCUCUGAGAGUAACACAAGUAAUUCAGAACAAAGAUCAUCGAUUUUGAAACGCGAUACUGUCCUUAAUUCAUCAUCCAACAGUGAAGACAAUUUUUCCGAAAAAGGUGAUUGUUCCUCUGCUGAUUCUUUCGCGUACUCUUCGAAUGAAGUAACAUUGUUGGAUUGGAUACCAAGUUGGUCAUAUGAACAAACCAGAAUGGAACAUCAUAUGUACUUUUGUAGCACAAACCUAUGUUCUUGUUAUCCUCCAUAGACAUUACUAUUACUACAAGGAAUGCAAAGAAUCUUGAUAUCUGUAUAGACAGAUUGAAUUGUACAUAAUAUCGUCUCCAACUUUUGCUUCGAGUUUAUGUUA